AAUUAUAAAACAUUUAACUAUCUUGUGUUAAUCAGUUAAAAUUAUAACAAUGAAAUUUUUGCACAUUUUCACUUUAUUGCUGGUAGCUUUGGUGGCCUAUACCUCGGCCCAAAGAUGUGUGGGCAGACCACGUAAUCCUUCUUGUACUGGUGCUCGUAAUGUGGGUCGUCGUGGUCCCCGUUGUACCCCCCGUACCAUGUGGCAUUACGAUGCUCGUUCCCGCCAAUGUCGUGAAAUGCGUUAUUUGGGCUGUGCUGGCAACAACAAUCGUUGGUGUACCCGAGCUGCCUGUGAACAGAGAUGUCGUCGUUAAGUUUUUAUCUCGUUGGCGUCUUUUGAUUUUUUCGUUUAUGUU